CUUAUAAAUUAUUCUGGUAUAUAUGUAUUCAUUGUGCCUGGUGUAUCCUUUGUCGAAGGCUACUUCAAAAUAUAGAAGGGUAAUGUAGAAGACGUAUUGAUGGCUGCAUUUGUCAGCACUAUGAUAGUGCUGGCUCUGAGCAAGAUAAACCAGACUCUCACUUCGUCUGUAAGGUUAAAUUUCCAUGAAUUAAUGAUGUUUUUGUUUUCUCUGAUGAAACAAAAGCGUUGCAAGACAUUAAUUGAUUCUAAUUUUGGUAUUGGUUUUGGUUCAUUCUUGAUAAUUUGUAUUGGUUGCGAAUACUACACCUACAACAUCAGCGGGUCACCAGAAACACGUCGAAAUUACUAACUUAUUCCAUGAAACUCAGUCAAACAUGGCUUUCUUUCUAAGCAAGUGGAUUUAUCAAAUUCAAGAUGAUCAUCAUCAUGAAGACUACUUAGAACUCGAAGUUAGAACUACAACCAAUAACUCGGAGACGGUGCGAUGACGUGACUAGUGCGUAUCAUUCUCCUCCUUGCCGACUCAGCCGGUGCUGCAACUGCAUCGAAAUUGUUUUCCACCAGAAAGAACGGAAGGACUCACCAGCAUCUCCUCAUUCAUAUCAUUUG